AUGUCAUCGCGUAGCAGGCUUAUCCAUACAUUUCCAGCUCUCGCGCUCUACCGCGCUCUGCUCUCCCAAGUCGAUCGAAUAUGGCUUGACGAUGCAAAGCGCAAUGCCCUCCGCGAGACCAUUCAAUUCCGAUUCUGGAGAAACCGCGUGCUGAGGAAGGACUUCCGACACAUCAAUCUGCAAUUCGUUGGUGGAUAUGCGGCACUUGACGUGCUCGAUGCUGCCGCUGAGGGCGACAAAACUUCUCUCUCUCGAAUACAAAGCUUCCUAAAGUCACAUCCCCCGCCAGCGGACUGGCCUAAGAAAGACAGACGAGCCAAACAACUCCGAAAAGUCGCCCGUCGAGAAAACCUUCCACCGAAAGCGCCAAGCAUUUUCGACCGAUUCCCUCGACCGACUGUGAAGGGGAUUAGAAAGGUUCCACAGAUUGUCAAUGCUGGUAACAUUCCGUUUCUACGCUAUAAAAAGCCACAACCUGAGAGUGUCAGCCGUGUCAUCCGGACAAUGAUAUUUGGACAGACGUAUCAAAUGUAUCGCCAGAGGACACUGGAGGAGUUUUACAUACCUCUGGCAGAGCACGAAGAUAUCUGGGAUAGGAUCGUUGAGAAGACGAGGGGAUGUUCAAGAAGCGAAGGGGGCGGGGAGAAGUGGCAAUCGGUGUAUCGAACUCAGAACGCCGAGGUAGGGGCAUGGUUUAAAGAACGGAAUAAAAACCUGCGCGAGACGGCCAGGAAGCUCUCUGACAUCGUCGAGGCUGAACAGGCGUUAGCUGAGAAAGAGGCAGAAGAGCGGAGGAGACAGGCGCUGCAGGUUUAA